GACGACGCCUGGGUGAACUCGUGGCUCCAGACCAACGCCGUCCUGGUGGGGAUGAUUCUCGGGGUGAUAGUCUGCUUCUGUUGCAGUGUGUCCAAAGUUAUAUACAAGCGGCCUUAUCCAAUUGCCAGGAAAAUUUGGCAGGUGUCCUCAGUGGUGGCUAUUUACACUUGGUUAAGUCUUCCCAUUCUGCUGCGGCUGUAUCAGUAUGCGGCCAUAGGUGUGUGGCACUCCAGUCUCGAUCACCACAUACAACAGAUGAUCUGGUUCGCUGUGGCGGGAUUCUUCUUCGGCUCUGACAUUCCUCAACGCUUCUUUCCAGGGAAGUUUGACUUUGUCGGCCACAGUCAUCAGAUAUUUCAUCUUUGUAUCAUCAUGGUGACCGAAAAACAGCUGGACGGCAUCACCCAUGAACUGGAACGGCUCAGCCCCAAGUUUGCCAACAUGGCGCUGCCCACCUUUUGGAACAGUAUAGGUGCAGUGUUUCUAGUCAUCAUGUUUAAUGGCAUUGUCGUAUAUCUAUUCCAUUUAUAUGUGAAAGAAAAAUUAGUCAAAGGGGAAAAAGUGGAAUAAGGUAAUCUGGGUAUAGGCAAUGCAUUGUGUGUGGUUGAAGGUAAAAAAGUGUGACUACCUCCCCAACUGGUAGACUUGGGAUAUAAAUGUCGGGCACAUUUCAUAUCCCAAGUUUACAACUGAGCUAUCAGAAUUAGGUUAAAUGUCUUUUCAAUGAAAAGCAAUGUCUUAGAAGGUAUGAUGUUGUUUAACAGAACAAAAAUAAGUAGUAGUAAUACUCUAAUGGAAAGUUGCCAAAUACAAGUAGUACAUAUAGCAUACAAAUGAUUGUGUCCUAAAAUGUCACUAGCACCUCUCAGCUAGCACAGUUAUACAUCACUUUAAUAUGAAAGCAUUGUAUAAUUUACAAAGAAACAGAUUUAAUUUAGUUGUGUCUUCAUAUUUUUUUU